AACUCCCACGCGCAAAUUUGAUGGCCUGAGUUUGCAGAUGGAUACUCACUCCAUUUCACUAACGGAUUUCUCACCUCUGACUCGCCCUUUACGCCCUCGGAGACUCGCACGCCUCAACUCUUUCGAGUUUAAACCUUUGUUUUUCUCUCCCCUCUCCACCCGCUACAAAUCCCUCUUCCUUCCUCUCACUUCCUACAAUCUCCGAAUCCGCUGCGUCGCUAAUCAGGACCAUGACCACCACCACCGCGAUCACGACCAUGGCCAUCCCCAUCACCACCAUCAUCAUGGUUCUGGUAAGUUGAAUGGUCCCCAGAGGGGUGUAUAUAUGUGGGAUGUCGGCCGAGGAUGAGGUGCCAGAUGAUCCAGAGCAAAUAGUAGGCAAUUCAGCAUCAAUAGCAAUGCUAAAGAGAGUGGCUGAAAAUGUAUCAAGCCAUCUGACCCAAGGAGAAAAGCGAUUGAAGGCGGAGCAAGCGUUCUUCCUGCCAUGUACCGACGACAGUGUGCCGAUAAUCGGACAAGUUCCGGGCGUGAAAGGGUGUUAUGUGGCCACUGGUCAUAGUUGCUGGGGGAUACUCAAUGGUCCAGCAACUGGAGCUGCUUUGGCUGACCUUGUACUUGAGGGACGUGCUGCCAUUGUUGAUCUCAGUCCUUUUAGUCCUGCUAGAUUUGUCGAUGCUUAA